UUAGAAGCGAUACUUAAUAUGAUCAAAAAUGCGGUAUUGAUAAAGCAAGGAGCCGAAGCACGGGUGUACACGGCGCCUUUCUUGACGCGAACUGCAAUUAUCAAAGAACGAUUUCCCAAAACCUAUCGUCAUCCAAUUCUUGACAAUAAACUCACGACACGGCGAGUUAUUCAAGAAGCAAGAUGUCUUUUCAAAUGUUAUCGGUCUGGUGUCGAUACUCCUAUAUUAUAUUUUGUUGAUAUAGAAAAUAAUGCAAUAUACAUGGAACUUGUCAAAGGAAAAAUACUAAAAGAAUUAAUCAAUGAGAUUAGAGAGUGGUCUAGCAGUGAACAUGGAGAACAACUUACAACAAAGAUUGGUAUAGCGUUAUCAAAAAUGCAUACAGCUGAUGUUAUACAUGGCGACUUGACAACAUCAAAUCUUUUGUUAAGGGAAUCUAAUAAUUCAUUGGUUGUUAUUGAUUUUGGAUUAAGUUACAUAUCAUCAUUACCAGAGGAUAAAGCUGUUGAUUUAUACGUACUUGAAAAAACUUUUUUGAGCACACAUCCAAAUUUGGAAGCUAUGUUUACAGCAAUAUUGGAAACAUAUAAAAGUAAUUAUAAGGCUUCUAAAGACGUUUUAAGUAAACUAGCUGAAGUUCGCUUGAGAGGGCGUAAGCGAAGUAUGGUUGGAUAA